AUGCGGUGGUCCCUUGCAUCACUUUUGGCAUUGCCAUCGACAUUUCUCAUCCAAUUCACCAACGCCCACCCUCUUGGUGAGCACGCUAUCAACGGUGUUGACUUAAGCAAUUUGACCCAGGCACUCUUUCGAAGGGUUCGAGUCGGCUCGGGCGAUGGAAGUAUCGCCGCGCCAACAGUUACAGAUCUCUUUCUGCUGAAUGACGGUGCGGGAAGUUGUAACUCCGAGGAGGAUACUAUGAACUCUUGGCUGGAGGAGGCUAUUCUCCUCCAUGACGCGGUCGAGACCGCGUACGAGUACGGCAGUUUGCCUGUUGCUUUGCUGUGGUACUCAUUCUUUGGAAUCCAACCUGGCAAUGGGCAGAUUGCUCAGACGGCCGAUAACGUGGCUCUAUGGAAAAACAUUGGAGAUCAUAUCUCUCGCGUCAGUCAAUUUCUGGCUGGAGCUGGCCUAACCAACGCUCAGGUUGCCGGAGAAAACCCCCGAGUGUUCUGCUCAGCUGACGCAGGAGAAGUUGUAGACUGGACUCAGCCAGUCAAGGACAACAAUGGAAAUCCUGUCGAGGUCUCCACAGAUCCCGUCGCGUACUUGACGCUUGAAGACGCUUUUCCCCCACAAGCCAGUGACCCGAAAGGCCACGCCUUCUGGAUGUCUGCGUUCAGCGGUUACGAAAUGGACUUCUCGGGCGCAGAGACACUGUGUCCUACAACGGAUGAGAACGGUAGACAACGCUAUGCCAAAACCGCCAGGCCGGCGAAUGCAUAUCCGGCCAUUACGGACGGUGCGGUAUUCACGUUCGGAACAGCCAACAGACACAUCCUGUUCUGCCCAGUAUCAUUCUCACCCUCUGAUGGAUUUCACUCCUACCCGUCUAUAACACAGGCUGUAUCGGAUGACAACUAUCCCACGCCUGGUUUGAAGACCAAGGAACAAGCCCUCGAUAGAUUGUUGCCAGUCAGCGCCACGAUGUAUCACGAGCUUUACCAUCUGACUGACGACGAUAACACCAAGGACAAUUAUUACAGCUUGAAAGAUAUUAUAACGGCUGCCAGGUCCCAGGAUGCAACCAAGUUAACGGCCAACUCCCACAAUCCGGAGACGUUCACCUUUUUUGCAAUGGCGGCGUACAUACUCCUGAAUCCUCCUGAGGACGAAGACAUUGCCUUGUAUAUGGCCUCGUUCCCAGUGGAUGCUUCUAACCCUUUCGGUAAUUAA